AUAAUAUUUAUUUAAUUAAGAUGAAUCCUAUUCAAUAGGCAUGGUUAAAGUUUUUAUAACCAGUCUCAGUUGUUAUCAAUGAGAAAUUGGCUAAACGAUCAGGGCUUUUGGGAAAGAUCGGUAGAUUUUUCCUUAUUGGACCAAGAGAAUUUGGCUAUCAUCCAACAAAUUAAAUGUUCAUUUAUUUCAACAGAAGAGUACUAUUUGCCACAGCCUUCAUGGGUCAUAAGUAUUCAGUAUUGAAAGGAUUAACUCAUCAAGGAUAUCACAUGUUGAGACCAAUGAGAGCAGCAGUGUUCUUGGGUCCUUUGGCUGUAUUAGGAGGUCUAUUCAGAUUAGUGUACUAUUCCUCUGAGAACAGAUCAUACUAUCCUGAUAAUUUGGAUUAUGUGAUGAAGAAAGCUACAAAUGCUUUACAUUUCCCAUUGAAUACAUUGAAUCAAAGAUUAUCUGCACAUUAUACAGAAAUUAGCUCAAUUUAUACAGCAGAAAUGAUGAAAAGAUAUCAUAAAUAACAUGCCAAAAUCAUCAAAGAAAGAUCAAUACAACCUGAACAUGUGAAGAAAACUAAAUAUGCUGAUCCAUCUUAUAAAUAUGUACCAAUGACUCCAGUUCACAUUGAGGACUUCAAAUUGGCUUGAGUAAACCAAUAUAAAAUACAUACAAUAAGUUCAUUAAUUUUAUCAAUAAACUUAAUUAAUU